AUGACGCCCUCUUCGCGUUUCGGGCACGCCUUUGCCACUGAGCAGGCCAUCUUCGCGCGGGCGCCCACAUGUUGUGGCACGGUGUUCGAGCUGCGUAGCGAACCGUGGAAUGGGCUCCAGGUCGACUCCAGGAAGAUCCGCCGGAAAAGGGCUGAAGCUGCAGCCCAACGCCUGGCUGGGCUGGCUGGACUGGACAGCCUCAUGGGGGGAGUCCAGAUGGCGAGCGGGACUUGGAACAUGGCACGGUUGAUCGCGCCUCCACUCCUGACGAAGCUCGCAUUCGUCACCGAGCUGAUCAAACAGGCUAUGAGAUUUAACCGAGGAAAACUUUUUCGACCACGGCUUGUUCCUCUACAUUAUGGAAAUUCUUACAAAGGACAGUCUAUCUCCGGCGGUCGGCAAUCUGCGAGGCAGUGGGACCGGCCUGACCAGAAGGGUCCCCAUCACGGAGCCGGCUGA